AUGACUAUGUUUCAGGGCAAUGCGUCUGAGGCUACGCAAAACGACUCGGAAGCAGUCCCACUUCCUGUAAGCUCCAAGAGAAAGGCUAGAGCUAACUCUUAUGACUGCAAUACCUGCAACUUUGCUGCUCAUAGCAAGCGGAAACGGGAGGUGGAUGCGUCAUCUGAUGACACGGAAUGGACGAUGGAGUCAGUGCAAUUGAUAAUUUACUUUUACGGAUUUUCUGAAUAA